AUGGCCUCCGCCAACUCGCUGCGGUGCCUCGUGGGGCCGGCCAUGGCGCCGCGACUCCAGCCCAUGAUGCUCGCCGCCGCCUCAUUCUCGACCAGCGCCGUCCUUGCGGCUGCGGCACCGCCCGCCAUCAAGAGCCGAAGAGACCUCCCCGCGAAGCAGAAGAAGACGUACAAGAAGCGGGCCAACGUCACCCCUGUGCGGAAACCGAACCCCGGCGAGCGCAAGGCCUUCCGAAAACGCAUCCAGCUCAGCAACAACAGUGCCCUACCCGUCGAGGGGCUUGGUGCUCUCGAGGCCGGAAACAUGGCACUGGACGAGAACGCUGGAAAAGUCUUUUCUAUCCCCGACCAUGUGGUCGACCAGCUCCGUGCCCUCGAGGCCUUCAAGACGACGCAGUCGUGGAACCUGUUCCGCCGGCCGCACGUGCUGCUGCGGAAGGAAACCGUGGAGCUGAUGAAGAAGCUGGAGGGCUCGGUUGAGAAGAAGGAAGCCCUAAAGUGUGUCUUGACCGGCAGCAAGCUCUCCGGAAAGAGCAUGACCAUGCUUCAAGCCAUGGCCUAUGCCCUUCUCAACAACUGGGUCGUGUUCCAUGUCCCGGAAGGUCAGGACCUCACCAACGGAAAUACCGAGUACUCUCCCAUUCCUGAUACCGAGCCCAUGCAGUUCGCUCAGCCCGUGUACUGCUUGAAAAUGAUCCAGAACCUCUACCGGGCCAACAGAGCAGUUCUUGAGAAGUUGCAGCUCCAGAAGGACUGGUCACGCUUCACUAACCUGAAGCAAGGCGCCACCCUCGCCGACCUGGCUCUCAGCGCCAAAGAAGCCGAGUACGCCUGGCCCACGCUCCUCGCUCUGUGGACGGAGCUCACCCUUCCUGGCCGACCCCCCAUCCUCUUCGCCCUGGAUGGACUCGCCCACAUCAACAAGAUCAGCGAAUACCGCGAUCCUUCAUUCAACGAAGUGCACGCUCACGAGCUCUCCCUCGUGCGCACCUUCGUCGAUGCCCUCUCGGGCAAGACUCCCCUGCCCAACGGUGGCGCCAUCAUCGGCGUCACCUCCGAGAACAACUCCCACCACCACCCCUCGCAGGAACUCGUUCUCUCUCAGCUCGAGGCCGGUCAGGCUGGCCAGAGGGUCCCUAGGCCUAACCCAUACGAGCGCAAAUAUGACGAGCGGGUGUACGAGGCACUCAAGAACAGCUGGGUCCUCCGCGUCGACGGCGUCUCCAAGGAUGAGGCGAGGUCCCUCAUGGAGUACUGGGGUGCCAGCGGACUGGUCCGUAAUGUGCUCAACUCGCGAACCGUCUCCGAGAAGUGGACCGUGGGUGGCCAUGGUAUUGUGGGUGAGAUGGAACGGGCGACACUCUUGCAGAUGAGAAUGUAA